UCGCAAAAAAAGUUUGUAUAUAAUAAAAUACUACUUUUAUUGUUUGUUAGAUAACUACAUAAAAUUGAAUUGUUUAAUAAUUAAGAUCUAUAUAUAGAUCAAACAAAACAAUGGCUGAAAAUAACAUCAAUGAUCCGCCUAUUAUUGAUGAAAUUAUUGAACAGGAAUUGAAUUAUAUAAGUAAUGGUGCAUUUGGUUAUGUUUAUAAAGUGAUAGAUAAAAAAACUGAUAGAGUUUAUGCCGUUAAAAAAGUACCAAUUAUUGCUGUCGGUCAUAUACACAGUCUGGAGCCGCGGCUCAUACACCGCGAUCUGAAACCGGAUAAUAUUCUGGUAGAUUUGCGGGGUUUUCUGUGGGGCCGUGGUUUCGCCAAACUAUGUGACUUUGGUCUGGCCACAUCGGACACUGGCUAUAGUGAACGGGCGGGAGAAGCCGGAACCCCAGUCUAUAGGGCACCCGAAGUCAGGCGCCAAAAACUGAACACUGAUUUCGACGGUCGCUUAGCCUAUACAUACAAAGCCGAUAUAUACAGUCUGUCCAUUAUCGGGGCAAUGCUAUUUGAAGUUGGUAAUUUUAUUGAUAAAGAUAGAUAUGAAUUAUUUGAUGACAUCACCCGUCUAUACAGUUUGGUUACACGCGAUUGUUAUUCAAAUAUGUUAAAUACAUUUGAAUGGUUAAACCGAAUGAAUGAAUUUGAUCCCGAUUUACGACCCGAUUGUUCGGUUGUCUUAUCGGACUAUCCGAACUGGAAUUUUGAUCGACGGGAAUAUAUAGAUAAACUAAAUGCUAGAAUAAAUCAGGUGUUUGGAUAUCCCGAAGAUUAUCAACACAGUUGGGACAGUAUAUCGAAGCUAAUCGGCGGUGGCCUCGGCCUGACGGCCAGUUUCGAGCAGGUAAUCCAUUUGGUCAAGAACUCAAAGUUUAACAAAAUGUACAAAGAAGACGAAGAAGAAGAUGACGACGAAGAAGAAGAUAGAGAUGGAGAUGAAGAAGGAAAUGGAAGAAGAAGAUUAUGA